AUGACUUUCUCUCGAAGCUCUCGACGGGCGCGAUCGCAAUGGCCUCCAGCGCCCUGCGUCGAGGAAGAACCCCAGUCCCUCUCGAAGGAGCUAAACGGCCUCUCCAAGCUUGGUGAUAAGCCCGGGGUCGACGGUGUCCAUAAGAGAGGGGCUGUCGAUCAGUAUCCCAUCAUAGUCUCUGCCGCCUCGCCCCCUCCAUCAUCUACCUCCCGUGAGAGUGUUCCCAGUGUGCCUGGGCUUGGGAGUGUGUCUUCGGAUGAAAGUGCAGGGCCAAUGACGCCGCCCGCUCAAGAGCCGAUCUUUCGGAAUACCGUCAGAUUUGAGACAGAUGAGAGGCCAAAACGUGCGCCGCCGUCAACCGCAAGUCAACCACGCGGCCCGCCAUCUCGGCCUCCGGCCCAGCAACAGCCCACCCGUGAGCUUAAUACACAGCGGGAACCCCAACCGCCCUCUCAUAGCCGGGAUGGCAAUUCCAGCAGACGGCCGCCAAUGCAAAAUACGUCUCAUGGCUCCCGUGGACCGAGCGUGCCGGAUCGCAGUGGUGCUCGAGCUCCCGUGCACGACAAGGCCCAUCUACAACCACUCAAGUCUUCCAUUGGCCGAUCCAACAGUGCAAGGCAUGCACCUUCAGCAACACGUCCAAUGCAAGAGCGGUUUCGACGGGAGCCUAGCUUGGGGUAUUUGUCAGAUUCGGCCACCACGUACAACAGACCGCCCUCACAACAGCCCCAGGCACCUGUGCCCACGGUUCCUGUAUCAGCUCUGGCAAAUGGGCCUACCCUCGCGGAACGCAUAGACGAGAAGCUUCGCCAGCGACAAGAACAGCGGGAUCCGGGGUCUAUGUCGGAUCCGGAGGUGCGACAGAUUCCCACAACUGUGAAGCCUGUCAAACCAGUUCCUCUCGACAUCUCUCUGCCCCCUCCGCCUCCUGCUCCUGCUACAGCAUCACACUCACCUUCACGUGGGCCUUCGCAUGUCCCAGCGCAACGAGCACAGCAGGAACUGUCCCCAGCUUCGCGUGCUCGCGCGGCCUCAGUGACAAUGCCACCCACCCGGUCGAUGUCUGGAUCUCGCCAUCCCUCGCGGCCAGCACCCGAGAUAGCCAAGCCUACAUCAACCCAACUCACAACCCAACUCAACCCUGAGAGGCCGCUAGCUCCUACUGCACCGACUCGACCCCAAGGCACAUCACCACAGCGCCCCGGCUCAGUGGGCCUGGGGCUCUCUCCGUGCCCGCGAACCAUCGCCGUAGCAGGCUACCAAGAUUGGUAUACGCUCAAAGGCCUCACCCACUUGGACAUCUGCCCGUCCUGCAUGAGUCAAAUUGCACACUCCCGCUACCGCGACUACUUCAUCCCCAGCAUCUCAAAGCCAGCCGGGCAAAAGACACGCUGCGCCUUCGCCAACGCAUGGACCCGUCUCGCCUGGGCUCAGAUGAUAAAAAAGCAACACGACAGCCUAGAGCUCCUGUACCAAAUGACACGCCCACCACCGGGCACGCGCCCCUGUCCCGGCCGCAUCGUCGCCGAACAAUCCUGGCACCGCAUCUACGACCCCGAAACCGGCGGCGACCUGGCCGGCUUCAACGUCUGCAACAACUGCGCGCGUAACAUCCGCAUCCUAAUGCCCAGCCACCGCGAGACCUUCCAGCUAAACCCAGACCCCGCCGAGCGGGUAUGCGACUUCGUAACCUCCAGUCCGCGAUUCGUGAAAUUCAUCGAUCUCCUCGACGGAUCAGCUUCGCGCGCUGAAUCAGACUCCUCACGCACCCGCCGCCCAGAUACGCGCGAGUUCCUCAACUAUGCGCGGCGCAAGGUCGUGCUGCGUGAUUGUCGUCGUGAUAGGCCUACUCUUAGUACGUGGCACUUUAUCCCGUCGCUUCCGGAGAUGUGUGUUUGCGAAGACUGUUACGAUGAAGUUGUUUGGCCGCUGGCUAGAUCAAACCAUGCUAUUGCGUGCAUGGUUACGACGAAGAUGCGCAUCUUGCCUGGUGAUGGGCCUGGUCGGACUCGGGAGGCGAGUUGUCAGCUUUACUCCCCACGUAUGCGAGCGAAGUUCCGGGAGGCGGUUGUUCGGGAUGAUUUUGGGUUGCUGAGGUCUGUUGCGCAGAGGAGGGUUGAGGCUGAGAGGCGGUUCCUUGAUCGGAGGGAAGAGUUGUUGGUUGCUCAGUCGAAGGGGUAUGAUUGUGAUGAGGAGAUGAGGAAGGCUGUUGAUGAGUGGAGGAGGUGGGAAUGA